CUUUGGGAUCAAACGCAAAACGGAUGAAAUUUUGGCCCCAUCUUCAAAAUUUGGCUUCUUCUCUCGAUCAUCUUCUCUUGUCCGCAACAACGGACAUCAAGCAAGGAAGUUCAAAACGUUUUGCCAACAAGAUCCAAACACUCAUAAUCGUUUGAAGCGGAGGUAGGAAGCCAUUAUCUGCAAAGACUUGACGAAUAUCACCGAAGAGGAGUCCCUACAGCAACCACCAAUAUGACAGGAGCAGAAGUAGCAGAAGAUGAAGCCAAAGGUUGGGGUAUCAUGGACCGAUACAACAAGACGGUCAGUGGGGAACCGGUCAAAAGCCGGUACCGAUACGGCAAGCAAUCCAAGACAUCCAGUUCCCUGGAAGAUGACGAUGUGCCCAUCAGAGAGAUUGAGGUGCACCCCAAUGAGGGCAAUGUAGGUGCGAUGAUGCAUGAAGCUGGAGAGAUGUUAUCAGUUGUGCUAGGAAAGCUGGGAUUGCCCCAAGACUUCAAAAGUCUUGCCGAGGCGCUGGAAUUCAAGGAACUCAAAGGAGACGUCUCCUGUUUGGUGUUUGGUGGCAACAGCUACGAUGAAACAGACGACGAUGAUGAUUACGAAAAGGAUUCGAAUUCAUUCUAGCUUCAGUUUUGUGGCUACAAGGCGCUUUCAAGCGAUUCUGUUUGCAUGAGGUUAUAAUGGCUACUCAAUGCUCCUGUAUCCUUCACAUAGUUUGCUCCCCAUACCCAAGCCACAACAUCAUCACUCAUUCGCACUCAAACACAUGAGAACUUCGAGUACCCCGUUUAUAAUGCAUUCCAAAUAAUCAAAAGAUUUUGUUAGU